AUGCCUGCACGUAAAAAAGCAAAAAGUCCCAAACCGCAAGCCCAAAAGACCGAACCACCACUUGCGGCUCCUCCUUCAUUUGGUCAAUCUCAUCGUGUACUUGAAGAGGAGAUUGCGGGAUAUCCGGAAGUUCAGCGCAAUGAAUUCCUGACGACAAGAGCCAUCUAUCCUGACGAGUUCGAAAGGGUCCACGGGCGGAAGGAUGCCUGGAAGACCGAAGAGAACUUAGCUUUCAAGGUUCGCGUCGGGUCACUCGAGGAUCGCGAGUACUUUGUCAAGUUGAUCUUUGAAUUCCCUCGCGACUAUCCAAAGGUUCUCCCCAAAAUCAACAUCCUCGAAAUUCAGCCAAAGGAUCCGGAGAUCAAACAACACAUCGAACAUAUCGUUUCCACAUAUCCACGACAGCAUCAGGGAAGCGAGUCGGUACACGAAGUCACCACGGCUAUCAUGGAUUUUAUUGACCAGGCCAUUGUCGCGAAGCAGGCCAAAAGAACGGAACUCAGCCUUGAGGAGGAGCGUGCCGCUAGGGAAGCGUUGGCUAAGAGACAACUCGAGGAGAAAGAAGAAAGUGCCCGAAGACGGGCAGCCGAAGAAAUGGCAAAGCAGGAACUUCUCCUGGCGUCUCAGGUCGAAAGCGAAAAGCAACGUCGUCUCAAAACCAACCUCUCUCGAAAGAUUACGGGCGAAGAAAAUGCCGAUCUUUACGACGUCCCAGAAGACCCGAUCCGAUUCGAUCAGUCUAUGACCUGUCGAGACACAGCAACCAACCUCCCUUUCAAAUUCAAGUCCGUGGUGGGAAGGACUGUCAUUCUCCGGCGCGAGGACAAAACGGUCACGAUCGUGGCACCUCGCGUGGAUACCGAACGUGUACAAGCUCCACAACUAUUGCUCAAAGACAUCGACAUUCCUGAAGGCAUUGCUCCCAAAGCUGAGCUGCAAAAGUGCAUGGAAAAGGUUGAGGAGGCUUUGGAGUCGUCCAAGGAACACCGUCAUCAAAAUGUCGUCGACCUCCUCAACUACAAGAUUGAACAUAUGUCUCUCGAGGAUGGCACAGGGCCGUGGAGACUCUCUGUCCUGUCGGAAUUUGCGAACCAAGGUUCUCUCUCUGAUCUGCUGGAUCUCUGUGGGGCUUUAAGUGCUACCAAGAUACGCUCGUGGGUCCGUCAACUCCUUGAUGCUCUUCUCUUUUUCGAUCAACAAGGCUACGUCCAUCCAGCUGUUCAUGCCGGAAAUGUCAUGUUGUUCCUUUCCAAGUCUGGCGCGACCACGGUCAAACUAUCCGAUGGAUAUGGCACGCAACUCCGAGACCUGGUUCAGGCGGCGCGGGACUCAUCCGCUCCAGCCGUCAAGGACCCUCUCCCCUUAUGGAUACCUCCGGAGCUGAACUGCCAAUAUCCCAAGAGAACCAGCAAGACGUGCAUCUGGGAUCUGGGCGUCAUCAUCAUGGAAAUGGCACUCGGCAAAAUGGUCAAGAAAUUGUACACCUCACCCUCAAAUGUAUUGGAAGGCGUCGAUUUCGAAACCAGCACCGAGAGAUUGAUGGAGGAAAUGUUUCAGUCUAAUGCCACCAAUCGUCCGUCUGCCUUUGACCUCUCACGAAAAGAGUUUUUCUACAAAGAGCGAGAAGCCAUUUUCCGAAAUCAUUCACCCUAUCUACCAAGCCCCCCCAGCCGACGGAGACGACAGAGCGACAAGGUCGGUACCUCUCGAUAUCGAAAUGAGUGGGAAGAAGUUGAACGAAUUGGAAGAGGGGGCUUUGGCAAAGUAUUCCGGGCCAGACAAAAGCUGGAUGGCCAGUUCUACGCGGUGAAGAAGAUCGACAGCAGCUCGAGAAAGAUGCUCGAGGAUAUUCUGCGCGAAGUGACCUUGCUUGCUAAACUCAAUCAUCCCUACGUCGUCAGGUACUACAAUGCAUGGUACGAAAGUGAACACAAUGAUCGAGUUGAAGACAUACGCCAGCGAGCGGAACCCGAAAGACCAAUUCAACAAGCUCAACCGCUGAGCAUCGGGCAUGACUUUAUGGAACCCUCGGUGUAUCCCAAUCAAGGCGCCGAAUACAGCGAUUCGGAUGAUGGCAUAUUUGCAUAUCAACCUCCGCCUUCCAUUGAUGGACAGGAAGACUACGACGAUGAUAUCUUCGAAGAGAAUCCCGAACCUCAGGCAGACGAAGAUGACCAACCCGGUGAUCCAUUCGCUGCUUCACGUCCCCUGGGGCAGGCUUUGGACUCCAAUCCUUUUGCCAGCAGCGACACUCCAGACAAUUCGAUCAUCCCAUCCCGAUCACGAUCACCACCACUCAGUGAAGAAACUACUUUAUACAUCCAAAUGGAAUUCUGUGGUGGCCAGACUUUGAGACAUCGUAUCGCACAAGGCCUCUGGACCGAUUUGGAUGCUAUAUGGCGAUUGUUCAGACGAAUUGUCGAAGGGUUGGCCCAUAUUCACAGUCACGGCGUCGUGCACCGAGAUCUCAAACCCGAAAAUAUAUUCCUUGACUCUCAUGAUACACCCAAGAUUGGUGACUUCGGACUCGCCACCGCCGGACAAGCGACAUCGAAGCCACACGUUUCCAAUCCAGGCAUGGUCAUUACCAAAUCCACUGGGUUAGGCACACAAGGCUAUACAGCUCCCGAACUUUAUGUCCAUGGGAGCAGUUACGAUUCUCGAGCGGAUAUGUACUCUCUUGGAAUCAUGUUCUUCGAAAUGUGUUACCCACUCAAGUCGGCGAUGGAAAAGGCUAAAUUGAUGGAAGGACUCAUCACAAAGCCACCUGUGCUUCCCGACUUCUUUGACGAGGACAUCCAUCAGCGACAAGGCGAGAUCAUUCUACAGCUUGUCAAUCCAGAUCAGACGAGAAGACCGACUGCUCAGGAUCUUCUCAACAGUGGAAAAAUCCCCGAACCUUUGGAAGACGAGAAGUUUCAGCGAUACAUUGAUCGAAUGGCGGCAGACAACCCCGAAGAAUACCAGGCGCUGGUCACCAAAUUUUUUGCCAAUCCAAACAGCACCGUCUCCAGUCUUGCUUGGGAGGAUAAAUCAGCUACGGGCAUGCAUUCUCUGGAGCGUGUGUUGUGGAUUUCUGUCACUGAGCAACUGAGAAACAUCUUUCGUCGACAUGGAGCCACUGAAGUUGGUCGACAAGGCAUCUUUCCCAAAGCCGAUUUCUACACAAACGCCGCCACCUUUCUCGACACCUCCGGCCUGGUGGUCCAAUUACCUGUUGAUCUCACCCUGCCUUUCGCACGGAGUCUCGGGCAAACAUCUGUUUCCUACAGCAAAUCAUACGUCUUCGGUGUCGUGUACCGUGCCACCGGACCAGGAAACGAACCGAGACAGGUCCCUGAAGUUGACUUCGAUUUUGUCAGUCACAGUGCCAGGAAUCUGUCACUCAAGGAGGCGGAGGUGAUUAAAGUCCUCGACGAGAUGCUCGUCGAAUUCCCAGCCCUGGCAAUUCGAAACUGGACAAUCUACCUCAACCACGCCGAUCUGAUCGACCUCAUCCUAGACUUUUGUCGGAUCAAGAAACACGAGUUCUCCAAAGUCAAGCAGGCACUGUCUCAUCUCAACACCGGCACCACCACGUGGACACAAGUGCGAGAACAACUUCGAAGCUCGACCAUGAACAUCGCAGAGACUUCCGUGACCGAUCUGGCACAAUUUAAUUUCGAGGGAGAUUUGGAGACUGUCCGUCACAAAUUGACCCGGUUGUUUGGUGACAACGACCACUUGAGCAAAGCUUUGCCCCUUUUGGCUCGUCUCGACGAACUCAUCCAAUACCUCCGACGAAUGAACGUCCACACUCAAAUCCUCGUGGCACCACUCAGCAACAACUUCGAACACCUCUACCGCGGCCACCUGCUGUUCCAGUGCACCGAAAAAACUUCCCGAAAGGUUCUCGCCGUCGGUGGGAGAUAUGACGCUCUCAUCCAACAGUUUCAGACGAGGUCUGGCAAAAGCUCCACGCGCUCCGUCGGCUUUCGCUUGAAUAUUUUGGAUCUGAUCACCUACGUCCGCGGCCAGAUCCAGGCCCAGACCAGCAGCAAGUCCACCAAGGUCUCUGGUGCGGUUUCGGAGUCCUCGUCGUCGUCGAGGCAUUUGACCAGAUGUGACAUUCUGGUUACUAGCUUCGACAGCAGUACUCUGAAGACGUCAUGCGUCGAGUUGCUGUCGUCUUUGUGGUCCGCUGGCCUCAGUGCCGAGUUGUCCGAGGAGUUCCGCUCCCUUGAAGAGUUGGAAAUGGCAUACAAGGACAACUCUGGCUACUGGUUGGUCAUCGUGAGAGGAGGGGCGGGUGAGCGCGGGCUGAAGGUGCGUAGCCCCUCCCGCUCGGAGGACGAGGUCAAGGCGGUGGACUUGGUCGGGUUUCUUCGCUUGAAAAUGGCAAAGAAUAAGUAG